UCCCAUAAUUAUUUAUUUAUAUGUCCACAUAAUAAUGCCAGAUCACCCAGGGCACUUUUAGGAGUAACAUGAAAAGGGUAGGGGCUCAGGCCCCCUUUCUAGUCAACCAUGUCCCAGCUUGUAUCCAGGGAUUAUGUGUGUGUUCGGACCAUAACAUAUGAAGUCGGAGCACACUUCAAUUCUCUUUCAUCUCUCUCAUUCUUCUUUCACGUUAAGCUGUCUCCUGCUUUCUCAGUCACACAUACAUCCAACAAUAUUUAGCCCAGACCUCUGAUGUGAAAAUGCAAGGAUUCUCUUCACUGACUUACAAUUACUCUGCCAGCAAAUGGAAUCCUAUUGUGUCUUGUGCUGCAAGCAGCAACGCAAUAAGCAGACAGUCCUCCUUCUGACAACAAGGAAUGCAGUUUAGACCAGGGGAGGCUGCUUUUCAGGGGCAGAAUAGAGAGGAAUCAGAAGAGGAGAAGCAACAAAUUCCCAGUCCUGAGGAAAAGAAAGAGGAGGAGGAAGGGCAAUGUAAAGAAAGAACACGAAUAAUUCAUUACCAUGAAAAAGUAUAAGAUAAACCAGACCAGUGGAAAAGGUCUAUAAAGAGUCUUCUUCCCAGAUCGCUUGGACUAUUCAUUGAUGGCUGGAAAUCCAAUGUUAUUAUGCCAAUUAAACUUUUGGAGCAUUUGUGUCUAUGCUGUACUUUGGUCACAUGGGCUCAGGAACCACCAUGUGAGAUUGCUUUGUUGAGCACUUGGGCUUUUCUCAUUGUUCAGAGUUGGCUUCUUCAGGGAACUUCAGCACCAUGGACAGAAGACUCAAUAUUACUACUGAAGCCUUCAAUCAGUUACUGAAGGAACAUAACAUGAGCAGACUGGAGUUCAUUGCAGCUUAUGGUCUUAAGCCCUUAGUUUACAUCCCGGAGCUGCCAUUCAAUGCCAAGGUGGUAUUCCUGGUCUUGUAUGUUAUCAUCUUUGUCCUGGCAUUGUUUGGCAACAGUCUUGUGGUGUAUAUUAUCAUCAGGAAGAAGGCAAUGAGGACAGCGACAAACAUCUUUAUCUGCUCCAUGGCUUGCAGUGACUUGUUGGUAACUUUCUUUUGCAUCCCUUUCACUCUGCUGCAGAACAUCUCAUCUGAAUGGCUGGGAGGACCAUUUUUCUGUAAGAUGGUUCCAUUUAUCCAAACUACGGCAGUGGUGGCCAGUACACUGACCAUGACGUGUAUCGCAGUAGAGAGGUACCAAGGGAUUGUCCAUCCAUUGAAAAUGAAGAGGCAGUACACCAACCGGAGGGCCUACAAGAUGCUUGGGUUUGUAUGGACUAUCGCUAUUGUUGUAGGUUCUCCAAUGCUCCAUGUGCAGACAUUAGAGGUGAAAUAUGAUUUGCUGUACAACUUGUACCAUGUAUGUUGCCUUGAGUCGUGGAGCGAUACUACCCUGCGCAGAGCUUAUGCCAUAUUUAUCCUUGUGGCCUUGUUCUUAGUGCCGCUUGCAGCCAUGCUUCUGCUGUAUUCCCGUAUCGGGUAUGUGCUAUGGAUUAAGAAGCGCAUUGGAGACUGUUCUGUGCUGAAUACUUUGAGCCGUAAUGAGAUGGCAAAAAUCACCAGGAAAAAGAAGCGAGCUGUAAUGAUGAUGGUCAUCGUGGUCCUUUUCUUCACUGCCUGUUGGGCGCCAUUCCAUGUGGUCCACUUCCUGUUUGAAUAUAAUGACCUGGAAGAAGAGUACGAUGACAUCACUGUGAAAAUGAUAGUCGCGAUCGUCCAAGCCGUGGGCUUUUUUAACUCCUUCAAUAACCCCGUAGUUUAUACGUUUAUGAAUGAAAACUUCAAGAAGAGUUUAGUGGCUGUGCUUUUCUGCCACUUUCGAGCACAAGAGCCAACAGAAAAGAGAGACAGUCAACUUGAGAAACCCAAAGUUGGGAUAGCCUCUUUCCACCAUAGAAGAGAUGGACGCAGUGCCCACAGCCACUUGAGUGCAGAGAACCUAGAGCUCCGGCUAUGUGAACAGUUCCCAGCGGCCAAACUAGAAUCUGUUACUUACCCUUUGGUGAAUUCACACAAGGACCUUCUUCCAAAUGGACAGUCAGCCUAAUGGCUGCAGAAUCAGAGCAGGAAUUUUAUUCAAUAAAACAUUAUUUUAAUCAAAGAAAACUGUGAAGAACAAAUCUGAAUGUCAUUUAUGUGAUCCUAUAAGUGCAUGUCCAUUUCUAAUGGCAAUGUUCAUUUUACACUAAACAGAGAAUUAAACCUGAAUCUUGGCUAUUCCCAUAGUUCAGUGUAAUUAUAUUGAUAACUAAAAAGGUUUCAUAUCAUAAAGCAAAGCUUGUUCUGUUUUCAGCUUACAUUUUUUUUCCUUAUGAUUAAAAAAACAGAACACUGUAGAUCUUCUGUACUGGUAAAGCAUUCCAGAAGUGUCAUCUGUAAUAAUAGUUAAUUCUUAAUUCAUUAUUUAAUAAAUGAACACAGUAGAAUUUUAAAUAAAAUAAAAUGAAAAAAAAAGUUGAAAUUAAAAAAAAAAGGAAAACGUUUAAAAAGCCCACCUUUGUACAGAUGCAUCUUUGGCUAAGACACAGAGAUUAAUUUUCAGUCGAGCUAGGGUUUAUUUUUUUUAUUUUUUUGCGCAUUGGCAAUGUCAUAAAAAAAUAAAACUUCCAGUGCUCAUUUAACUUGUGCCACAUUUCCAUUUAGAUACUUUUUACACCUUUUUAACCUUGCUCAAUAAAAGGGAAGAGUUUAUCGGAAAGUGAAUGUGUCUUCUAAAAAAGUGGAGGGGUAGCAAAUUGCAAAAUGCCAAAUUUUGGAGCAUCAUUCGCUCACUGUGUGACUAACAGAGAUAGCCAAGCUCUAUACUCUGUUAUCUCCAUCAGUCCCAUAGUAAGUAAAUGAAGCAGCCGCAUACAUGUUCAACCAUUGAUCCUUUCACAAGGGUGACAAGCAACCCUUGAUCUCAGGUUUGGUGAGGGUUUCAGUGUUUAGACAGCCACUGAUGAAUAUUUAUCAACUAUCCUGUGCAUAAGUUAUAGUUAGAGAUGUCAUGAUACCAAUAGUGGUAACAGGGCCAAUUUAAUCCAGUACUUGUGUAAAUGUCGCCUAUAACAAAACCAAUGCCUGCAGACCAUAAAGAAAAGAAAAAUAGGGGGAAGUACCUACCUACUGGGGGCAUCAACAUAAUGGGGUGGGCUCCUACCUAACUACUGGGGGCAUAUCUUAACCCCUUAACCCCUUCAGGACCAAGCCCAUUUUGGCCUUAAGGACCAGAGCGUUUUUUGCACAUCUGACCACUGUCACUUUAAACAUUAAUA